AACACCAUCUCCACAGCACCAUCAUCAUCAUCUUCACAACUAUCUUCAUCACGAUGUAUGUAUGGGAGAGCAAAUGUUAGUGCAAAUUAUGCUAUGAUGUUUAUGGUAAAAUUACUUGCAUCAAAGUGGAAACAACCAUUGGGUUACUUUUUUUUUGCACAAAGUAUAAAGCCUGACACUCUAUAG